GUUUUUCUACAGCACAGCAACAUUUACUCAAGACUGCUGAGGCAGCAGACUUUCAGGCUUUGUUGCUUUGCUUCAUGCCAAGUGGUUGACAGUGAGUACUGCUAAGCUGGCUAAAGACAUUGUUAGACAAAGAAAAUGGUUGAAUUUAUGUUAUAAACUUAAUGAGAACCUUCAUAGGUAAGCUUAACAAAGUUACAUUGACGUAUUACUGUUUUUUCAGUGGGCACCUUCGAUGUUGGGCCAAUUUACUUACCAUUUUUCAAAUAAUCUCCCAACAGAACAAUAAAAUAACGUUUUUUUUUACAGAAUACAAUAUUAUUGCGAGCAUUUUAGCAAUGCCCAUGUAUUGUUCUGUCAGCAGAUUAUUAUGCUUAUUUCAAGUUAAAUUGUUUUUAUCCAAAAAACAAUAAUAUUAUCCAUCCAUUUUCUACCGCUUGUCCCUUUCGGGGUCUUCCUUGUUUAUUUCAGAUAUUUUUGUUUUCCAUACAUUCAUUUAUUUAUGUUGGACAGCCACCAAUAGACUUGCCGCUAUUUGUUAAACCCCUUGCUCAUAACCACAUUAUAACUGUCUGUGAAUGGAGCUUGCGUGGCUGAUCUGGCUGGCCCUUUACGUGCACCUCCAAAAAAUUAUAGCUUCGCAUCACCGGUGACCGGUCGUUUUUUUUCGUACAUAAUUUCAGGGUUUUCAUGUUCGACCUCGACUCGUUUAGGGGUCGCACAGCCCCGAAAGGGAUAAGCGGUAGAAAAUGGAUGGAUGGAUGGAGUUCCAGAUCUAACAGCAAUUUUGAUGUCGCUUCAGUCGCCAUUGUUUACUACAACUACUACACACAGGAAGCUAAUAGCUAGCAAACAAGAGUUAUUGCUCACUCAGGAAAACACUGCCGUCAAGGCGCCGUCAGGGGGAUGCAAGUUACGUGAUGCAUGAGCGUAUUUCAGCCUUUACUCUGUGCAGUAGAUGGUAUCGUAACUCUGCUUCUCAACAUGCGCCUAGUUUGCCAGAGAAUAAGAAGACAUAGCAGGAGGGAUCAGUGUUGCUAACUUAGCACUAUAUUUGGCAAGCAUUCAGCACUCAUAAAAGUUCAUUUGCUUUUCAUGUUUUUAGUUGUUAUUGUCUUUUGUCAAAAGGAAACAAAAUGAAAACAUCUGGUGUCACAGUUUUAUUCAGGGAUUUAUUUAUGCUCCAACAUUUUUUAGUUAUUUUCAAGACAUCUGAAGAGGCCUUGUUCUCACUGCCCUGAUUUAUUCAAAGCCGAUUUAACAUUGGACACUUUGGUGCAGCCGUGCUCUUGUGUCGGAGCAGAUAAGAGGCCUUUUGAACCGCGGAGCAUCAAUGACAAAGCGCAACUGAUCUUUUAUUUGCCCCGUUUUACAUUGAAAGCAAGCGGGUCCUCUGUGGGGAUCAGUGGAUCCAGUCCUGGCCGAUAUCUGUGAUCUUGUUCUUCCACUGUCUGAUGUGUCACGCCGUUGUUUGCAUCCUAACCUGUCGCCUGCUCCCUCCCACUGCCACCUAUUUGCAUGACCAGGCCAGCUGCCAAUCCCCCCAACCCCCCACUCCCUUUUCUUUUCUUCAGACUGAAUUCUAAUCACUACUUUCAAAGGAGAUAUCCAAAGUACCUUUUAUCAAGUCUGCAGACAGGAGGAGGAAGCACCCACUCCCUCGCCUCUUCUUGGCACUCUGCUUCUGGAGUACCUCCAAGCGGGAACCUUCUUCUACAACUCUGGAGGAAAAGAACAAAUAGACGGGAUGCCAUGAGGUUGAUUUUGGUUAAACCCACCAAUGCCACCCGCCGCCUGGACAGCACAGGUCAGUUGUUCCGUGAUGGCGACCGUGAGCGUUGCUCUUCAAGAGGUCCGUCGCCCCCGACCAAAAGUCCAGAGAGGGUGCAUGAAAGAUACUCGGGAAGCCUCAUGGAAGCGACGUCGCCAACGCAGGAGACAAGUCUGUGCUGUGCUCCUUCAGCACCCCAUGAAACAUCCAAUGGCGUCAUUCCGUCCCCAAAGGUUUGUGGUGAGAUGAUGUCCCAGCUGCAGACUGACAACAUGACCAUAUCACAGCUGAGUAAUCAAGACUGGCUGCUGCUUUGUGGCCAGGUUAGCAACGAAGGGGGUGAUUCGUCAAGCGGUGUCACGGGACAUCCAAACCUCAAUGACACAUGUGCGUGUUCCUGUCCCGAUCAAUCGGGAGCGUCAAUCUUUCAACCACAGUCAAAUCACACUUCAGGCCAUGGUUGUCUCUCGCACAAAACGAGCAUUUCCUCUGCACCCAAGUCGCAGUUCUUCUCCGCAAGCAGCCAAGUUUUCCCGCAUGAUACAAAUCAAAGCUUGAACGUUGCGCAAAACCAUUCACACGGGAGCUUUUUUGCACAACAAGCUUGCAAUCAUCUCAAAGACACCAAUUCCAACUUGUUCAACAUCCCGCUGUACACCAGUGAUUAUCCUGAGACGCUCCCCCAACACUCGCAGACCGCCGUCAUUGGGCAGCCCACCUGGAGAGAAGCCGCCAAGCAUCGGGAAAAGCAACACACACGCAGUUCUGUCAGUGGCGAUGAGACCUGGAGGUCGCAUGGAGAUUCGUCCUCCAUUUUCAAGUGUCGCCAUCUCUCAUCCAUCUAUCCUACCAGGACGGUACGCGUCAAUAGGUCGUCUACGCCAGCUGCUAACAACACUGUCCAGUCGUCCUCUACCGGUCACUAUACCUCACUGGACCACCACGACUUAGCGGAGGAGGCAACAAGACCACGACAAAGUCAGACAAACACUCAUCAGCAUCUCAUUGGAUCCAAACACUGCUCUCCUAAAAUCACCACGCCCUCCGAGGUCAGAGGAAGUGGCGUCCUAGGCAACGGGGACGCGGCGAGAUCGGUGGCCAGCCAUGACACUUUAAGAUCCAGUUACGCAGAACUCCAGCCGGGCCAGCAGCUUCAUCACAGUGCCCUCCUGGAGGACGCCUUCUCCAAAGUCAUCAGGGAGGACUCAAGCAAGGCCAACAGUGACAACAUCCCGAGGGAGGAAGGUAACGUACCACAGAAGAAGGACAUCAGCUUCAGACUGGGUCAGCGCAGAGCUCUUUUUGGCAAGCGAAAACAGCUGAGUGACUACGCUUUAGUCUGCGGGAUGUUCGGCAUCGUCGUCAUGGUGAUUGAGACUGAGCUGUCCAGAGGAUUCUACAGCAAGGACUCCACGUACUCUUAUGUGCUGAAAGGCCUUAUUAGUGUUUCUACUGCUAUCCUACUGGGUCUCAUUGUAAUGUACCAUGCCAGGGAAAUACAACUGUUCAUGGUGGACAACGGUGCAGACGACUGGAGGAUCGCUGUCACAUUUGAGCGGGUUCUCUUGGUGAUGUUGGAGCUCCUUGUCUGCGCCAUCCAUCCCAUCCCGGGACAGUAUGUAUUCAGCUGGACUGCUCGCCUGGCCUUCAGCUACGCCACAUCUGUAGCGGACGCCGACGUGGACAUCAUCCUGUCCAUCCCCAUGUUCCUGCGCCUCUACCUGAUCGGCCGGGUCAUGCUGCUCCACAGCAAGCUCUUCACCGACGCUUCGUCCCGCAGCAUCGGUGCGCUCAACAAGAUUAGUUUUGACACCCGUUUUGUCAUGAAGACCCUGAUGACCAUCUGCCCUGGCACUGUCCUGCUGGUGUUCAGUGUGUCCUGUUGGAUCAUCGCAGCAUGGACUGUGCGCAUAUGUGAGAGGUAUCACGAUGCACAGGAGGUGACCAGCACCUUUCUGGGAGCCAUGUGGCUGAUCUCCAUCACCUUCCUGUCCAUCGGCUAUGGCGACAUGGUGCCUCACACUUACUGUGGAAAGGGAGUUUGCUUGUUAACAGGAAUCAUGGGAGCAGGCUGUACAGCGUUGGUGGUCGCCGUGGUUGCAAGGAAGUCCGAACUCACCCGAGCUGAGAAGCACGUCCAUAACUUCAUGAUGGAUACUCAGCUCUAUAAAAAGAUAAAAAACACAGCAGCUAAUGUGUUGAGGGAAACGUGGCUGAUCUACAAGCACACCAAGCUGGUGAAGAAAGUGGAUCGUGCACGAGUGCGCCACCAUCAGCGGAAAUUCCUGCAAGCCAUCCACCAACUGCGCAAAGUUAAAAUGGAGCAAAGGAAGCUAACUGACCAAGCCAACACCAUUGCGGAUCUUGCAAAGACUCAGAACAUGAUGUACGAUCUGGUGUCGGACCUGCAGCAUCGCAGCGAGGAGCUGGACCGGAGGAUUGUGGCCCUGGAGCACAAACUGGACUUCAUGCUCGCCAACAUGCACUCGCUGCCUGAUGUGCUCUCUCAAGCAAUAACUAAGAUUCAAAAAGACUUCCUGGAUGACUUGGCCUGUCGCGUUCACUUCCUGUCGUCCUCCCUGAGCUCAGAGUGCUGCUCUGUUCCCGCCGGGCCGCUCGGUCCUGCGGGCCCCGUCUGAUCGCAGAUGCCAUACAGCUGAUCAGCUUCAAACUUUUCACCUAAAACUUGUCGUUUUGGCAACUUUUAUGCAAUUUGUACAUUUUGUGUACAGAGCAGCUCCAAAUACUAGGACUGCGGGAAGGGCAGCUCAUUAUUUUUUCAUUUAUUACUCACAAAUUUAAGUACUUUUACAUUAUGAGGAUUUUCUUUAGAUUUUCUUUAUUCUCCCUGUCUUUAUUGUGUAUUAUUUUGUGUGAAUUAAGCAUAGACUGUAUUAAAAUGUGUUCAAACUAAGAAGGGUUUUGGAAACAUCGUGGUUAACUAUUUUGAUUAUAAUAUCACCUAAAUAGACUAUAAUCAGCCUCAAAACAAGUUAGCAGGUAAAUUAUUUUUCCACAAUUAUUUAAAAAAAAUAUUUUGUGCUUUUUGAGUCCUCUGAUUCAACUAUGAUGUCUUAUAUGACUUAAGCACAUAAAAGGAUUUUAACUUGUGUUUACUUUGACUGUGAAUUGAUUUCAUGCUCAUAUGGAUUACAUCCAAUUUAAGCAAGUGCUUAGUGAAAAUAUGAUUGUGGUUACAAAUUGAUUGACUCUCUUCAAAUAUUUGAUCAUUUAUGGGCUGUGUUGCUAUUGGCUUAACAUUUUAAAAGUUGCAUUUUUCAAAUAACAUAUUUCUAAAAAUAACAACAGUAAAAAUUGGAAUGUAAGGAGCAAAAGAUGACAUUUUCUAACUAAUAAUAA